CCCAACGAAGCUUGCCAGGCUGACAUCAGUUUUGAAUAUGGCUAACGUCGUUGGAAAGAAGGCAGUGACAACAUCAAGGAAGCACAACAUCGACAGAAAAGAAAUUACGACCAAAGACGUGUUUGUCAACAGGACUUGUCUGUCGGUACUAAAGUUGUGUGUUUUUUACAACCUGCGGCGACAGGAUCGCAAAGGAGGCAAACAUGAGAGGCAUGGGCUAGGACCAUACAUAAUUCCAGGGUUAACAAAAAGUGGAACCUACCUGUUGUCGACUAUGGAUGAUGGACUGGCGCUGAAAAGCGGUAUUAAUGGUGUGAAUUUGAAAGAAUGGCAGGAGGCAUCACCGGCUAAAAUGGUCAAAUUCACUGAAUAAAUUUCAUAAUAAUUAAAAAACUAACCAAACCAGUAUUCCCAAGCAAUGUACGUCCUAGGACAUGCGUUCCUAGUUAUGUUAAUCCUAGGACAUAUAUUCCUAGGAGAUAGAGUCCGGGGAGACCUCGGUUCCGACGGACUUUCACUGGCUCCAAUCCAGAGUGAGUGCACCUCUAGGCUUAAUGGGUAAUUGUAAGGCCACAUACACCGAUAUUCACCUACUUCAGGGGUGUGACUAUACGUGUGUCUCCCGGGUGUAUAACUCCACAUGGGGGAUAAUUACACGGCAUGUACUGCAGGUUCUGUGCACCCCGGGCUCG